AAACAAGUGGGAUUUAAUGAGUUAGGAAGCUAUUACAUACACAGAUUUGGAUUUAUUACAACAGUGAUGAAAAUUGGAUGUUAAACUUUCAUGAUGGGAUUGAAUAUUUUUGAAAAUUUGAUCAGAAUUGAAAACCUGAAAAUUCUGUUAUGUUUCAAUCAACAAAUCAGUGGUUUUUAGGUCUGUUGGAAAUCACAUGUUUUCAAUUAGCAUAAAAUCUAUUUUGAAUUAAAUGAUUGUUUUUUUGGAAUAUUCCAUUUUGAAGUUGUUAAAACACAAUAAUGAGUAAUACCCAUCCUUUCUGUAAACAUUGCCACAUAUGUAACCCUCCUAGGAACAAACGUCCUUUACAAAGACAGAAAAGUUUCUUCCCGGAAUCAGUUCAAAACUGGAUUAGAGGAAUGAAAUCCCCCUAUGGAUUACAUGAUAUAACACAGAGCCUUAACGGGUUUGAAGAGCUUAGGAAGUACAUAAAACAUGGAAGUGAGUUCUGUAAAGAAGUGGCUAAUAUUUUACAAGAGAGAUCUGAUUUAGAAAGCAAUUAUGCAAAAAAUCUACAGAGACUGAGUGGAAAAUUGUUAAAAGUUACUUCUAAUAAUAUUGGAACAUUAGCGGAAGGAUGGAAGGCUGUAGCUUCUAUGAUGGAACAGGAGUCAGAACUCCAUAAAAAUCUAGCAUUAGCGUUUGUUGAAGAAAUAAGUAAACCUUUAAAGCUCUUGGUAGAAGCACAGAUUAAAGCCAGAAAACCUAUUGAGGUAGUUGUUGAUAAAAGUUUAAAGAAUCUAACAGACAAAAGGACAGAAGAAUAUAGAGCAAAGAAAUCUGCAUAUGCAUGUGCUAAAGAUUAUGAGAAAGGAGAAGAAUCCAAAAAUGACUCAAAGGCUGGAAAUAAAAAACACUCCGACAAAGAUAAAAUUAAGUUGGAGAAGAAAUGUGACCAGUACAGUAAAUCAUUAAAGAAAGCUGACAAAGAUUACUGUGAAUUAUGUGAGAAGGCAGAAGCAGCAAGACAAGAAUGGGACUUAAAUGUAUUAAAGGGAAGUGCCCAGCUACAGUCUUUAGAAGAGGAACGAAUAUCAAAGAUGUCAGAAUAUUUAAACCAAUACAAUAGUCACAUGUCAGUGAUGGGGCCAAAAAUAACUCAGUGUUGUGAUAGACUGAAUGAGGCAGUGGUGUCAGUAGAUUUACAAGGAGACCUGAGGACCAUAGUGCAGCAGAAAGGAUCAGGAGUAGCUGCUUCAGAACAGAUAUUAAUUGACUGUUAUGCAGAAGAUAUGCAAUUUUCUAUGAAACCAGAACGACGAAAAAAUUCAUUGCAAAAUUAUUUAUUAUUUAUAAGACAAUCAAUAGAAAGAGAAAGAAAAGGACGAGAAGGUGUAGAAAAAUUAGUAGAAGUAUAUAACCAAAGACCUGGUUUUGCAGACCCAGAAACACAAAUUGAGACCAAACAGAGGUUACUACAGGUUACAUAUAUGAUGAAUUUCUUAGAAGCUAGCCAUUUUAAAUUAGCCAACAGUUUUGCUUCAUUAGAUAAACAACAGAAAAUGGAACACAAAUUUGCCCAGUAUAUAGAAACUACAAGAGAUAAACAGGGAGUAGCAGUAUCAACAUUACGGUUACCAGCAAACAUGGCCAAUGAAGGGAAUUCAGGAUACGAUGUGACAUCGGUUACACUUACUACCCUUGCUAGUCAAGGCAAUGAGAAUGAAACAGGUUUUGCUGAUGAUGAGUUUGAGACAGAAUCUAUAGGACAAUGUAGAGCCUUGUAUGGUUAUGAAGCUACACAACAUGAUGAGUUGACCUUAACUGAAGGAGAUAUAAUAAACUUGUAUGAUAAACAACAAGAUGGCUGGUGGCAGGGAGAAUGUGGAGGCAAAAUUGGUAUAUUUCCAGCAACUUAUGUACAGGAAAUGUGAUAGUCUCCAUGAUCAAUAGUGUUAAGAUAUAAAUGGUAAAAGAUAUUUAACAUGGCAUUCAAUAGUUUUUAAAAUUUGUAAUUGUGCUAUUGUUCUACUGAAGUGAACUACAAAGCUUGUAAAGUAAUAAUCCCAAAUAUUUUGUUGACAGAUUUGAUGAACCUUUUGCACAGCCUUUACAUUUUUUAAUUGAAGAAAUGCUGAAUAAUUUUAAAUUUAAUGUAAAGGAGGACUUGUUACAAUAUAUAUGU